UAUUGGUUUUACCAAGCAUCCUCUGAAUCUUGUCAGACUCGGCAAAACAAAGUCCAGCCAGUUUUACUUUUUCAUCAUGUCAGAAACAAUGACGUUUGGUCCAGAAUGGUUACGUGCUUUGUCCAGCGGCACAAGUGUGGCAUCACCUCCUCCCUCACCCGGCCUUCCGCAAUAUAAACUAGCCGAAUUUCGAUACGGUAGAGAAGAAAUGUUAGCUUUAUUUCGGAAGAGUACUCAUUUCCCACUGGAAUUGGACGAUUUUCCAUACAUAGGUAGUAAAGAUUGUUUACUACCAUUAGCUUUAAUAUCAAUUACAGAUGAUGAACAGAGAAACAUGGCACAAUCAGUGAACAGUUCAGCUGUGUUGCGACUUAUGGGAAGAGGUGGUAGUACAACGAGGGGCACAAGAGGGAGCACUCGUGGUGGCAGAGGGCGUGGAAGGGGUGAAUUUCAGCGACCAUUUGAUGAAGAAAGAGAAGGUCCAUUCAACAGGACGAGAGAAUAUAACCGAAGCCAGAGUUGGGAUGACAGGGGCGAUCGAAGGUUUGAGAAACAUCCAUCCAGGGUUGAAGUUCGUGCAUUUGAGGAUGCAGGUCCACCAUCACCACGAAGGUUGGGCAGUAUUAGUGACAACUGGAGAUCAAGUACAAGUAGUGAAAAGUCUCCGCGGGGAGGUGGGGGAGGAGGAGGAGGAGGAGGUAGUGGUGGAGGAGGAGGAGAUGAAGAAGACAGUGGUGGUGAUGGUAGCUGGAGAAUGGCAGGAUCUAGAUCUAGUGGAGGAAGUACAAGUAGUGAUAAAGAAAGGUUGCCUGAUAAUUGGCGUACUACCAGUCCAGGUGGUCCAAGAACAAGUUGGCAUCAUCCAAGAGAUAGAACAUUUGAUUUUGACUUUCGAAAUGACAGAGAUCGAGACAGAGAACGUCAUCAUAGUGGUAGAGGGAAUAGCUGGGGUGAUGAUGAUGGCUUACCCGAAUGGAGUACAGAUGAUAACAUUGAUGUUGAUAAUAUUGGCUCGUUUGAUUCCUCAGGGGCUUUUCUGUCAGCAAAGAAAGAAGAUUCAGAGGAUGCAGAAGAUGUUCCAGAUAGGAAUAAAAUAAACAUGGAUAGAAUAUCAGAGGACUCUGAAAAACAACAUGAUGAGAAGAUAAAGAAUGAGAAAGGUAAUGGUCCAACAGAGAAAAGUAAAAUUAAGGACAAUGAUACUCGCACUGCCAAUGCUAAUAAACUAGUGAAAAUAGACACUAAACAGACAAAUGAAAUGAAGGAAAGUAAACAAAAUGAAAAUGAAAGCCAAGCAAAAUCACAAUCAGUUGUGAAAGAAAGGCAUAAGGAGAAUGUUGUAACCAUACAGGAAGUUGAAGAGAAAAAAACUGAACAAAUUGUGGAAAGUGUAAAUGAGACAGAGUCUUCCACUGUGCAUAACAAUAGGACUGCCAAUACUGCUGUAUUACCAAUUAAACCUGAUGCUAGGACAAUAACACCAGUAGUUGCCAACCCAACUAGUACAGAAGAUGAUGAUGGACUUGAUGAAUUUGAAAAAGCAGCUGAGCACCUCAUGGCGUCUUUGUCAGCCGAGGAUGAUGACAAACAUGUUGCAGAAGUAGUUAAAGAUAUUGGUAAUAAUCGAGAAUCUCCAGUGACAGCUGAACCUUUGAAAUAUGAAAACGGACAAAAAUGGUUUUACAAAGAUCCUCAAGGUCAAACACAAGGUCCAUUUACAGCUAGUGAGAUGGCUGAAUGGUUUAGUGCAGGAUAUUUUACAAUGAGUCUUUUAGUCAAGCGUGGCUGUGAUAAAAUAUUUCAGCCACUUGGUGAAGUUAUUAAACUGUGGGGAAGAGUGCCUUUCACACCUGGUCCUAUGGUGCCACCACAAAUGGGUAAUACAACACCUGUCAAGGAAAAUAUCCCAGGUGAUGAACAACUGAAACAACGUAUUCUUCAGCAGCAGAUUUUACAGCAGCAAUUACUGCAGCAACAGUUACUACAACAACAGCAACAAGCCCAAGCCCAAGCUUAUCUGAGACACCAGCUUCAGCAACAGCAGCAGCAGCAGUUACAACAAGAAGCAAUUCAGCAACUACUUAGGCAGCAGCAGCAACAACAGCAACAAGUCCAAUUUAAUCAACCUUCAGUCUCUUCGCAAGAUAGGUCGCCAACAGGUGAGACUAUUGCUCAGUCUGUGGUUACACAAACAUCAACGCAGUCUCAGAACAUCCAACCUAGUCACUCGCCAGUUCCAAGUCCUAGAUCUCCUAUGCUGCCUUCACCAAGGCCUCCCCCUACAAGUAAAGCAUCAUCUAGUUCUGAAACAUCUAUUUGGGGUACACCAUCAGAUAGUUGGACUGGAGUCUGGGAAUUAGAAUCACCAGAGAAAGAAAAAAAAGAGCUAGAAAGGUUAGGUAGACAGCGAAAGGAUGAGGAAAGAAGAAAAUUGGAAGAAAAACUAAUGCAAGAAGAAUUAGAAAAACAGAGGCUUUUAGAAUUGCAGCGACAAGAGGUU